AUGGGCAAAGAUUUUAUCGCAAAUUGUCAUCUAUUACCAUUAAGUAUUGACAGUGAUGACAUUAAUGAAGAAUCUGAUUCUGAUAUCAGUUCAAUUGAUUCUGAUAUCAGUUCAAUUGAUUCUGAUAUCAGUUCAAUUGAUUCUGAUAUCGAAGUUAAUGAUACAGAACUGGUAAAUGAUGAUUUUAUACGACUUAAUCUUAGCAACAACGAGCACGGUAGUGAAGAUGAACCUGAAAAUUUAUCUGAUUCAAAUAAUAAUGAAGAAAUCAUUUGCCUUAACCAAUCGUCAACUUCUUCAACAUCGAAAACAAAAAUUGUUGCUACUGAACAUAAACGUCGGCAAAGGAAUUUUGCAGAAAAGCUGAAAAUUAUUUCCGAAUUCAAUAAAGGUGCUUCUUUACAUGCACUCGAAUUUAAGUAUAAAUGUACAAGGAAAAUGAUACGUGAAUGGAAGAAAAAUGAAAAUCAGCUCAUCAAGGUGGUAAAAGAUAAAGGUGGUAAAGGUAAAAAACGUAAACGACUUGAUGGUGCCGGUGCGAAGCUGGUCUAUUGUGAUUUGGAUGAACAUCUAAUUAAAUGGUAUCGAUCCAAGAGAGGUGAGGAUCAAGAAGACAUUAAUGUUCGUAAAGAUAAAGUAACAUUCAAAGACAGAUUAUCAUUGCAAAAGCCGGUAAGAAAACAAAAGAUUUCUCUUCCGGAAGCUCAUUUAUUAAUUGAAAAUUUUCAUUCAUUUGUACGACGAUCCGGUCAAUUUGGUCCACGGCGUGGUGUCAUGGGAUGUUUUGUUGAAUCCGAUAUUUGCAACAUGGACGAGUCACCUUUAAAUUUAUGGGGCGAUCAGUCAAAUCGCUGUAUCAACGACAUUAAUACCAAAAACGAAAUUGAAGGUCAUCUUGACGAUAAACGUUUUGCAACAGUUAUUUUGUGUGUGUUUCCUGAAGGUAAUGAUCGAGUUAAACCUGUUCUUUUAUUUAAAGGUACUGGAAGAGUUGCUGCUGCAGAAGAAAAACAAUAUGCGCGAGGUGUAAAAGGUGUUUUUACUCCAAAAGCGGUUAUUAACAUAUCAGCUAUGAAUAUAAUAUAUGGAUUGGUGGUUUGA